GUCGCUAUUUGUCCAAAUGUAUAAAGGGCCAACUGGAUUAGGAGUGGACGUCAGAGAUUUAUUCAGAGAGAGAUAAAGAGAUGAUUGAUGAAUGAAUGAACUCUUUUGCUUCGCCCAUUCUUCUGUUCUCUCUCUCUGCCUUUGCUAACUGGUGUCAUGUUAUUUGAAUUCUUCUGUUUCUUUUUCUUAUCUGUCAAGAUAUAAAUUUUCUCUCUUUUCUCAAUCUCCUUUACCUUCCAAUAUGGCUGUGGCUAUGGCUGCUUGCAGCCUUGGACUUCACUUGUGUGCUGAUAACAGCUUGAGAGCUUUGGAAAAAACCAUUUGGGGUGCCCCUGUCUUGAAAGUCUCAUCUAUCUCUGAUACUACCAAACCAUGUUACAUUCUUCACAAAACAAGAUUAUCAUCUUCAAGGAUUACAAUCAUCCCACGAGCAACAGCUGUUACUGAUGUGGAGGGUGGAAAUCAAGAUGAGACUGAUACUGUUCCAACUCCAGUAGUUAUAAUUGAUCAAGAUUCUGAUACAGAUGCAACUGUGGUGGAGAUAACCUUUGGUGAUCGCCUGGGGGCUCUUCUUGACACUAUGAAUGCAUUGAAGAACUUAGGGCUCAAUGUUGUCAAGGCAAAUGUCUAUCUGGACUCCUCUGGCAAGCACAACAAGUUCGCCAUCACAAAAGCUGAUACUGGUAGAAAGGUGGAUGAUCCAGAGUUGUUAGAGGCAAUCCGAAUGACAAUUUUAAAUAACAUGAUUCAGUAUCACCCGGAAUCAAGCGCUCAGUUAGCUCUAGGAGCAGCUUUUGGACUUGUUCCUCCAAAGGAGCAGGUUGAUGUGGACAUAGCAACCCACUUAACCAUCUCUGAUGACGGCCCGGAUCGAAGUUUGCUGUAUGUGGAGACAGCUGAUCGCCCUGGAUUACUGCUGGAUCUUGUACAGAUUAUUACUGAUAUUAAUAUUGCAGUUGAAUCCGGAGAAUUUGACACUGAGGGACUCUUGGCAAAGGCAAAGUUUCAUGUUAGCUACAAGGGUAAAGCCAUCAUCAAGCCUCUACAAGAGGUUCUUGCUAACAGCUUGAGAUAUUACUUGAGGCGACCUUCAACUGAGGAAUCCAGUUUUUAAGAGGAAUCUAUUGCAAGAUACAAUGAAGAGUCCACAUUUUAUUUUCUUCUGGAAUAUCACUACAAUGAAAUUGCAGGAUGCAUGUAUUUUUUCCCCUCAUUCAAAGGACAAAUAUAGAAUAUAACUCAACCCAAAGUCCAAGUCCAUUAACUCAAAAUUUGAUAUACUUGGAUAGCAUUGUAAAGUGACCACGGUCAAUUAUAAAAUCAAAGGGACAUUUCUUAAGUGGACCCGUACAAAUCCUUUUAUGAAUAGAACAAGGAUUACACAAAAAGUUCAGUAA